AUGACAACUCCCAUCCGGCUGUCGCCGCAAGUUCAGCGGAUUCAAAGUUGUUCGCCCUACACCGAUAUCUUUACGAAUGCCCCUGUCGCUUCCUUUCGCUCACGAGAAAACACGCAGCACCGCGGCCUAACACUCUCUCAUGCUCAUCCUGACCUCAACCGAUGGCAAAAUUCUGGAAGUUGGGGUGCACGACAUAUUAACGACACAGCUCCAUUCACGCUGUGGGACGCAGAGAACCGCAAAUUCCGUACGCCAGACCGCAAUGAAAUGCAGUGGAUUCACAAGAAAUUCGGCGAUGGAAAUCUCGGGCAGUCUGGUUGGUUUAUGUGGAUUGAGACUGCCAACCCCCCUCAACCAAUCCCCCUGACUCUCGCAUGUAUGCCGGUCAUAUUUGUUGGAAUCGGGGCAUGUCCCACGGAAGCCAUCCCAGAAACCCCUUAUCCAAACCCGCGAAUCCAGGACCCGUGUCCCACCCUAAUUUGGCCCAAAAUGGCAUUUCCGACGAAGCAACAGAAUAUCACUCUCCUCAGAGCUCUGGAGCCCUUUGUGUGCUAUGGCGAUGGCCGAACUUAUGAGCCGCGAUCAUUACCUGGAAUCGUUGCAGGUCGCACUACAUUAUACCACCACGCAGAUGAACCAUUCUACCCUAAAAUGCGAAACCAGACGCGGGCCCGUUUUAUUGAUCCUGCUCAGCACAUGAACAGCUCGGAGUCUCUACCUCAAGACGACUCUAACUAUCUCCGGCGGUUAUGCCUAACGCCAGGGUGUAGAGUUGAGAGUGGCAUGGGUUCUCCAGGCUCCGGUUAUGGGUCAGUGAACUCUGCGACAACACUGGGAGUGAAACUUCGCAAUGUGCGUGGGGAGGAGGUGGUUACGGUCGCGCACCACGGAUUCUUGCUCUCUAAUGAAGUAUAUCAUCCAAGGGUGGGCGGAGACAUGAUUGGCACAGUUUCGGAUACGCGCCCAGAAUUGGAUAUUGCGUUCGUCAAGCUGACCCCUGCGGCAUCAGCAAGCUUCACCAACGAAUGCAACUUCCAAGCAGAGCCGCCACGGAGUCUUAUGCCGGGUGACAUGAUUGAGGCCGGUUCAUGGAGUGAAGUCGAUGGUAUGAGCUCUGGCCUGGUGAACCUGAUGGCAUACGGCAAGUAUUUUAUGGCGCCAAUCCGUCCUAUCGGCCAUCCCGCGAUUCCCUUUGAGCGAUGGAAAGCGAUAACGGUCAAUGCCGUAUUUGGGGCCAUCAACUCCACGAUAUCAGAGGGGAUUUGUGGGGCACCAAUCGUCGGAUGCGAAAGUGGCGGAGUUACUGGCUUCUUUCACCUCUCCGAUGGAACCAACUGCCUUAGCGUUCACCUGGAUGAUUUGAUAGCUGAGGGGUGGCAAGUGGUUUAA